AGCAAUUAACGCCGGCGGCCGGGAGCUGGAGGGGUGCAAGGCCUGCGCGGGGCGCUUUUCUUUGGAUGCGAACGCAGAAGAACCAGCCUGGGAAGGAGGUGGCCCAGUUUUUUAACUCCGAGAAGCUGAAAAACAAAAAAGCGCGGCGCCUCGGUGCCGGGGCCCCUCCUGCUGCCUGUAUUGUCCCGGGACGAAACCACCGCCCGCGGCCCCCAUGGAGAUACUCGGCCGGCGGGGCUUUCGCGCGGGUGCGCAUGUGCCGAAGCCGGAGGGACCGGCCGCAGCGAAACGCGCGGGCGCCUGGCUGCUUUAUCUUUGGGCGGGGAGGAGCGAGGGGAGGGUAA